AUGUUUCCCUUGCGUAAUGAUUGGAUUUGCGAAACAUUUCUUGAUGACGACAACGUAAAUAAAAACAACAAUUGCUUCUUCCAAAUACAUCAAAAAAAAAAAAAAAAAAACAUGGACAUUGUGUAUAUAAUUACAUUGUUGACAUCGUUUUUCUUUGUUCUUCUUGUUGUAUUAAUCGCUUUAAAAGGACUGAAAAAUUCUCAAAAUAAUGAUAAUGUUGAUGAUGAAGAUGAUGGCAAUGUACAGCGACAUCAAACUGGAAGAUUAAGACAAGGUGUAUCUGGUCUACGAAAUCGUGGCCGAACAAAUCGUCAUACUAAUAACAUUGAACAAGAUGAUGAUGAAGAAUUCGAAGAAAUAGAUUAUGAUGAUAAUGGCGUUGAUGAAGAUCAAGAUGAAAUGCGAGAAUUUCCAAUCAAAGGAAAAAUUGGCGCUAAAAAAGCUCGAAAACUUGAAAUGAAAGCUGAAAAAAAAUUGGCACGUGAACGUGAAUUACAGGAACGUGAAGAACGUAAACGAAUGAUGGAAGAACAGGAAAAACAACGAAAAAUUGAAGAGGAAAAAAUCGCUGCCGAGGAAAAGGCCAAGGAAGAAGCCGAACGUUUGGAAAAGGAACGAAAAGCACGUGAAGAACAAGAACUGUAUUUACAGAUGAAAAAAGAAUUUUCAAUCGAUGAUGAAGGUUAUGAUGGUGAUGAAAAUGAAGAGGAAAGUCAGAAUAAACUACAAGUAUUCAUUGAUUAUAUUAAAGAGAAAAAAGUGGUCCACAUGGAUGAAUUGGCCGGUAAUUUCAAUAUGAAAACAUCCGAUGUUGUACAACGUCUCAAUGGUCUAUUGGAACAGGAAUUAUUGGUCGGUGUGAUAGAUGAUCGUGGAAAAUUCAUCUACAUCACUAACGAUGAGCUUGAAUCGAUUGCACGAUUUAUCAAACAACGAGGACGAAUAUCAUUGGUGGAAUUGGCCGAAAAUAGUAACAAUCUGAUUAAAUUGAUCCCAGUGGAAACGGCCAAUUGAUCAAAAAUUAUGUUGUCUUUUAAAUAAAUUUAAUUUUUUUUUUAAA